ACAAAUAUAAGCUGCAUUCAUUGUCCCUGUGCAGAUUUCAGGAAGGGAGACGCUGAACUAACAGCCUAAAAAUAUCAGAGGAUGGCCGCAUUCAAGAUCACUUUGCUUCUCUUCAUUUGUCUUGAGGGCUGUGCUCUGACUUCAGCUUUGAAUGGUGUUGAUGGUUUGAACGAUGUUCCAGAUCCCCUGACAGCAAAUGGGGACAUCUGUAAGGACUGUACCCAAAUAUUUGAACUUCUAGCUGACCUCUUUUCCAAUGCAGACUUCCAGAAAAAGAUCAUGGCUGCCCUAGACAACGUGUGUGAUCACCUGCCUGGGCCACCUGGUACUGCCAAACUUUGCAAAGAUGAGGUGCAGAAGAUGCUCCCUAUGGCUAUCAACUUUUUAACGGCUGUUGUUAAACCAGCAGAGGUCUGCAAAAGCCUUGGGCUGUGUGGUUCUAGCAACCAGCAGAAGUUACUUCGCGAUAUUGUCAAGGUGAUCCAGGCUGCUGUGACCAGUGAAAAUGCGAUGCCCUCAAAACAAUGCUCCUUCUGCAUUUUUCUAAUCAAGACUUUGGAGGACAUGCUGCCUAGACAAAGGACUGAGGAGGCUGUGAUCAAACUGCUUGAGGAGAUUUGUCAUAUUUUACCCACCAUUUAUCGGGAUCAGUGUGAGACGGUUGUCAGCAAGUUCACCAAGACAGUACUGGAUGCCAUCCUUGGCUAUGCUACCCCUCAGGCCAUCUGUGCUCUCAUUCAUAUGUGUGAUGGGCAGGAGGCUCCUUUUGAGGACCAAUGCACUUUGACAGAGCACAGGUGCAAAGACUUCAAGACAGCCCUCCAGUGUGGAACUGUGUUUUACUGCCAGACAUUUGUCUGGAAGCCUUUCAACUCCAAGACAGUUUAAAAUGUUAAGGAUGGAAUGGAAAACACCGGUCAACAUGGGUGACUCAGAUCCUUCUAUGCCAAACUGCAAAUAUUUAACCACUUCCCACCUGUAGUGUCAGCCUGAUAUUUCUCUUUGAUACUGAUUUGCUAUCUUUUUGUAUUCUACUUUGUACAUAGUAUCUGCUUUGAGUAAAAUAAAUGAGAGUUAAUGUUGGACAAUUAUUUGAACUUCAGAAAUGAGAGGAAUGUUGAAAAGAUAUGAAAGCUCAACCGAGAAAUCAAGAACUUAAAUGAUUAUUCUGAAAGGAAGAAAUGUUUCACGAUCGUUCUUUCAAUGUAAUCAAAUUUUCUUUAGCUUUUUUGUAUGAAUUCCUCACUUGCCUAUACAUAUAUGGUUUCCUGGCUUCACCUGUUUUAAUAAGGUUUCUUUUUGUAAUCCUUUACACAGUCAAUGGUCUAAGGAGAAUUAUCUGAAUAAAAUCAUUUAAAGGUA